AUGCCAGAGUACCAACCUGUAUACUCUGAUCGUGGUCGUUUACGUUAUAUUCCCGACCAUCUAGAAGACCCAAUAAGAACAAAUCGCGGCACAUUCCAAGGUCGCAAUCGUCGACCACAUCGCAUUCACAUCGCUCACGUAGGACCUGAUCCCCUACUUCGCAUUCAGCGACGACGAACGACUGAGAAGUCGUACAUCACCGAAAAACUGGCGAUCCAUCACGAAGGCGCUAAACGGUUCUUCCGCUCUCUGCUUGAUAACCGCCUCUCUUCCAAACCCGAAACUGCAGACCUUCCUACCCCACGCUCAUCAACGAGUGGCUCUAGCAGCAACCGCAGCUCCAUUACCUCAAUUCCAGAGCCACGCUUCCGCGACAUGAGGUCGCUCACGAGAAACUCCCCCAGUGACGCCGUCGGCGCAAUUGGUGGGACAUUGGCUGCAACCGGCAUAUCAAGACCCUCGACAGAGUCACAUUGGUCCUCUGGGCGCUCAUCUACCAAGAGCGCAAUAAGCAGCGUGAAGCCCGUGCCCGAAGAAAAACCAAUAGCUUCUGGUGGUGGCUUGAGCGUCAAUGUGCAGCUCACCGAACCAGUUUUGUUUCUUCGGGGCUUUGAGCAGGCCGAGAACGGUGAGCGCAACACUGCAAUGCUGCGCGGUACCCUGUGCCUGAAGAUCACCAAAUCAGCGAAACUAAAGGCCGUCACUUUGAAAUUCCGGGGCAAGGCAACCACGAAAUGGCCAGAAGGGAUUCCCCCAAAGAAGACUGAAUUUGAAGAGGUGGACACCUUGAUGAGCCAUACCUGGCCGUUCUUCAACUCCCAAUUCCCGACGGCAGAAAAUGGCACUGGUGCAGAUCAUGUGGAACUAUACAAGAGUUCCGGUGGCUUGACCGGCUCGCCCAACAAUUCCUCAUUGAACCUCACGACAAAAGAAGCAAAACGGCUAUCGCUGCAAGUUAACCAAUCCCGAAGCUUCGGCAAGGGUGACACCCCUGGUGGUGGCCCUUCGGUAGCACAGAAAGGUUACAGAACCUUUAGUCCUGGCGAGUACAUGUACAACUUUGAGCUACCGCUAGACAGCCACCUUCCCGAGACCAUUGACGUCGACCUUGGUUCAGUCAAGUACGAGCUUGAAGCCACUGUCGAGCGUGCCGGGGCUUUCCGCACCAAUCUCGUUGGUACCAAGGAAGUCACACUCAUCCGUGCACCCUCAGAAGGAUCGCUGGAGCAAGUGGAGCCCAUUGCAAUCAGCCGCAGCUGGGAAGAUCAACUUCACUAUGACAUUGUCAUCUCGGGGAAAUCAUUCCCGCUCGGGGCACAAGUUCCAAUUGCUUUUAAGCUGACCCCACUCGCCAAGGUCCAAUGCCAUCGGAUAAAGGUGUUUGUCACUGAGAAUGUCGAGUACUUUUGCAACAAUAAGCGAGUACAUCGGAUGGAACCAGUGCGCAAGGUACAACUAUUCGAAAAACGUGCAGAUGGCCCGCCGACGAGCACUUUCCCUGGCAGUACCAUGCGGAUAGUAUCUGGAGGUGGUGUCCCAUAUGACCAGCGUGCAGCAGCUUCUCGUGGCGAAGAUGUAUCUGUAGAAGACCCUACCAAUCUGCUGGGUAAUCUCAGCGCCGACUCAAACAUUGGUCCGACCGAAAUGGAGUUCAAUGUGCAAUUGCCAAGCUGUCACAACCUGCGAGAGAAGGACAAGUCGUCAAGGUUACACUUUGACACGACGUACCAGAACAUCCAGGUGCAUCAUUGGAUAAAGCUCGUCAUGCGCCUUUCGAAACCGGACGCAAAUGAUCCGUCAAAACGACGACACUUUGAAAUCUCGAUUGAUUCACCAUUCCACAUCCUUUCAUGUCAAGCUACGCAAGCAAACAUAGCACUGCCAGCUUAUUCAUCACCUGAACCUUUGAUGAGUGGAGCGCGGGUGCCUGAGUGCGGAUGUCCCGACGCACCAUCUCGCCGCCCAUCUCCACCAGGCUUUGUACCAACCUUGGGCAGUAUGGGUCGGCCAAGAGGCCAUACCGAACCACCGUUACCAUCACCGGCAUCAGGGAUCACUCGGCCGCAGGCAGCACAUAUCGGCGGACCAAACGACUCUACCGUCCCACGACCGAUGCAUCUCUUGCGUGUACCCUCGUUCAACCCACCGGCCUUCUCCGAAAUCGAGCCGCCGCCACCACUAGAGACGCCGCCGCCGCUGUACGAAACGAUCGCAUCACCUACGAACGGGUUGGCAGAUUACUUCUCGCGGUUGUCAGACGCAUACGACUCUGAUAGCGAUCCUGAGCGCCGUGACCGGGCGCGUGUCGAAAUACCCUUAACGCCAGGGGGCCGUGCGAACCGGAGCAUGGAUGAAAGGAGAACAUGGCUCCCAGUCGGUCAUUGA